AUUUCUCUUUGUUGCGCUGCUUUCAAUGCUUUGUUCUAUCUUCUCGUCAUUGUCUUUCUUUAUUGAUACUGAUUGUUAUUUAAAUUCGUUAUAUUAUUAAUUUAAUUUGCUUAUAAUUAAAAUAUAUAAGUUAUAAAUUUUAUGAUCACAAUGGUGAAAACAGUGUACUUGAUUGGUGAUGUAUUAAGUGAAUUUGGUGGAAAAAAAAUUACCUUCAUUGAAAGAGGUUAUGUCACUUUUAUUUUAUGCUAUCUCAAAACGAAAAAUUUUUUAGUGAAAGAAAGCAUAUCAACCACUGUCGACAAAGUUUUCGAAAUUUGGUGUAUGGCACAAAUCCCGACAAGAGAGAAAAGAUCUACUUUUUUAAAACUAACCUCAAAUCACAAUCGAUGGAGGAAUUUACAAAAAAACUGUAAGAGGAAAAAGUCAAAAUCUCAAAAAAAAAAAAAAUAAAUCCCUUUUUCGGGACGAAUUAAAUAAACUAUUUGAUAUAGCUCAUGCUGAUGUGCUAAAUUUACUGGAUAAAUAAAAAAGAUUAUUUUAUUUGGGACAAAAAUCUUCCAGUCGACGUGGUUUUAUUUCAUAUAAUUCUCAACCAAUUCCAGAAGAUGUUGAAGAUAUGGAUGUUGAUGUAAGCGAUGAAAAUAAUAACUACAGUAAUAGUGAUAACAAUAAUGAAGAGAACAUUGAUAUCAAUUAUAAUAACAAUAAUGAUAGUGUUACAUUUGAUGUCGGAGAGUUCGGUAAUGACAAUGUUAACUAUUCUUGUACAGUUGAGACUGAUAAUGUUGUUAAUCAUAAAAUAUCAAGUUAAACAUCUAAGUUAUCCCAGAAAUCUUUGGAAAGUAAUACUUCUCGUAUAAUCUCUGAUUAUGAAGAUGAAAUUCCAAAACAACAAGUUCCUAAAAUUGAUCUAAUGACACCAGAACUUGCUGCGGCUUUGGAUAGAGCUAAUGUGAGUAGUAGGUCAGCGACUUACAUUUUUGCUGCUUUAUUAUCUAGCCUAAAUAUUGAUUGUGCAAGCGUAAACUUCAGUUAUUUGACUAUUCACCGAGUACGGGAAAAUUUUCGCAAAGAAGCGACGUUAAAUCUGAAAACUAAUUUGGAAACUGAUAAUUAUGUGCUACAUUUUGAUGGAAAACUGUUGUCAGUUAUUACAGGUUUAGAACAAGUUGACCGGCUUCCUAUUAUUUUAUCAUCAUCAGGUAAAUUUCAACUGUUAGGAGUCCCCAAACUAGAAUCUGGAACUGGACAAAAUCAAGCUUCAGCUAUUAUUACAACAGUAAAACAAUGGAAUAUUAAUACUGAUAACAUCAAAGCAUUGUGUUCUGAUACUACAGCGUCAAAUACGCUGUAGUAUUUUGGAAGUUAUAACACCAAUCAAAGAUGAAAUUUUGAAAUUCGUUAAUAAUCAAAUAGAAAUGGAUCAUUGUCGUGACGAUUACCGUGAACUCCUGCAAUUAUCAUCGAUAUUUUUGAGUGCUACUACCACAAAUAUUACAUUUAAGCGUCCUGGAGCCGUCCAUCAUGCAAGGUGGAUGGCUAAAGCAAUAUAUAGUUUAAAAAAUUUUUUAUUUAGAAAUGAAUUUCAUCUUACUAAAUCAGAAAUAGCUGGAUUACGAGAACUUAGUUUAUUUAUCAUAAUUUUCUAUUUGAAAGCUUUAUAUACUGCGCCGUGCGCUAUAGCAGCACCUAAUAAUGAUUUAACUUUAAUUAAAGAAUUAAUUUCAUAUAAAAAAUUUAAUAAUACUAUUUCACGGGCAUGCUCAGAAAAAUUAGCCGAUCACUUGUGGUAUUUAAAUAACGAGUUGUCUGUUUUAUCUCUCUUUGACGAAACUGUUUCAGUUGAAACAAAAAGAAGAAUAGUUCAUGCUUUAAAAAACUGUGAAACCAAUGAAACUACAACGAGUCGUUUUAUAAUCGAUAAGAAAAAUUUAGAGUCAUUAUUAAAUAAAGAUCUUAGUCAAUUUGUAUCUAUGCGAUCGAUAAGUCUGUUUAAAUCGUUUGAUUUGUCGUAUGAUUUCAUUGAUGAGGAUGUAACUUUGUGGCCUCAGAAUCUAAAUUACAAAAGAAACUUGGAGUAUUUUGAGAAACUUCAAGUUGUAAAUGAUGUAGCAGAACGCGGCGUGGCAUUGAUAGAGCAGUAUAAUCGAUGCUUAACGAAAAAUGAAGAACAGCUUCAGUAUUUAUUGCAAGUAGUGACAGAACACAGAAAACGAUAUCCUAAUUGCAAUAAAAAUAAUUUUAUAAAACUAAUAUUUUCAAGUUAG